AUGGAAGAGAGUGUGAGUGGAAAAGGCUUAAGCAUUGGCCACAUUGUGCCUGAAAAUGAGACGCUUGGCCAUUUGAUUGAAGAACAUGGGCGUGAGAGUAGUUCCAGCUCUGAUUUUCUUACAUCAGAAACCACAGGGCUUGAGGAGGAGGAGCACAGUCACAGUGGCUCUGAGGAGUCAUCUUCCCUUUCUCCAUUGAGUUGGUCCACUCGAUUUGCUGAGGGACCCGAUUGCAUCAGAGCUAAUGGUGCUGAUAAUAGGAAGCUGGAGAAGAAAGUGUCCUCAUCAUCAGAGAUUGAAAUGAUGAAGGAAAGAUUUUCAAAACUGCUGCUUGGAGAAGAUAUGUCAGGCUGUGGAAAUGGGGUUUGUACAGCAUUGGCUAUAUCUAAUGCCAUUACCAAUCUUUGUGCCACUCUGUUUGGGCAACUAUGGAGAUUAGAGCCUCUUCCAUCAGAGAAGAAAGUGAUGUGGAGAAGGGAGAUGGAUUGGCUUCUUUGUGUUAGCGAUCACAUUGUCGAAUUAACGCCUACUUGGCAAACGUUUCCUGAUGGAAGCAAGCUCGAGGUUAUGGCGUGCAGACCACGCUCGGAUCUCUAUGUUAAUCUUCCUGCUCUUAGAAAAUUGGACAAUAUGCUUCUUGAAAUAUUAGAUAGUUUUGAAGAUUGUGAGUUCUGGUAUGUUGAUCAAGGGAUACUGGCUCAUGAGACUGAUGGGUCGUCCUCUCUCAAAAGAGCACUACAGCGUCAAGAAGGAAAAUGGUGGCUUCCCGUUCCUCGAGUCCCUCCCGAUGGUCUCCGUGAAGACUCAAGAAGGCAAUUGCAACACAAGCGCGAGAGCACAAACCAGAUACUAAAAGCUGCAAUGGCGAUUAACAGUACGACUCUGGCUGAUCUUGAAAUUCCUGAACCAUAUCUUGAAGCCUUACCGAAGAAUGGAAGAGCUUGUUUGGGUGAUCUUAUAUAUCGAUAUAUUUCGUCGGACCAGUUCUCUCCUGAAUGUUUGCUUGAUUGCCUUGAAAUGUCUUCUGAACAUCAAGCUAUAGAGAUUGCUAACCGAGUUGAGGCUUCGAUCUAUGUAUGGCGGAGAAAAACAAACUCAAAACCUGCCACGAACUCGACCAAACAAAGUUCGAAAUCGUCGUGGGAAAUGGUCAAGGAGCUGAUGGUCGAUUCCGAAAAACGGGAGUUGCUUGCAGAGAGAGCAGAGACUCUGCUACUUUGCUUGAAGCAACGGUUUCCUGGUCUUCCACAGACAACCCUGGAUAUGAGCAAGAUCCAGUACAAUAAGGACGUCGGGAAAUCCAUCUUAGAGAGCUACUCUCGAGUUUUAGAGAGUCUAGCAUUCAACGUCGUUGCACGUAUCGAUGAUCUGCUUUACGUGGAUGAUCUCACAAAGCAUUCGGAUCAACUCUCAUCUAUAUCUAAACUUGGUGUGAUUUCUCACAAGAACAGCCCAUUGCAUUUUUCAGUGCCCGUUUCUGGAACUCCAUAUAAAACACCCUUUGCCACUCCAAGCUUUUCACCUGCACAAUCAGCCAGCCCUGCUAAGGGAGAAAGAUCACCGCUCAUUCCCGGCACCAAGAUUCCCCAGCGCGGGUUCGGAGUAAAAAAGGUUUUAACUGACUAUCUUAGUGUUGAAGCGAGAGGAGGAAAAGAAUUCAGCAAUAAAAUCGAAAAACCCGAGUCGUUCACAAACUCAAAACUCGACACUCAGUACCGGGGGGGAGUAGCAAGCUCACCCAGACAGGGAUCGGUUGCGGACGAGUGA